CUAUCAUUACAUUAACAUCCAUUUCAUUUUCUUUUUCCUCUUCAGUUUCUCUCCUCCUCUUUUUUUUUCUUGUUCUUCAAGUAUUAGAGAUUCAUGGCUCUUCACUGUAAUUCUUUAGCUCAAAUCCCAAUUCAGAAAUAUGAUCAUUCAUUUGUGAAAUAUUCAAACAAUUUGUUGAUCUCCAAACGAUUCUAUGCUCCAAAGAAAAAGUCAUCAGUUGGUCAAGUAGUGUUUAAAAUCACAGCAUCCAUCCAGAACAAGGUUUAUGAGGAUGAAUCUCAAGGUAUAGUUUGUUACCAAGAUGAGAGUGGAGAAAUAAUUUGUGAAGGGUGUGAUGAAGGGCCUUCUUAUAGACAAAUUUCAAGACCAAUCCAACAAACAAGGGAUAUUGAAAUUGUGAAUCUACUAAAACAAAGUUGGUUUCAAAUUGCUAAAGGGGAAGAAGAAAUUGAUGAUGCAGUUGAAGGAUUUAAUUUGAAUUUCAAUAAAAGAGUUUAACUUAACUCUUUUGACUAAUCGAAUCAGGCCUUUGUUACACUCUUAGCUUUGAAGUUUGAGUAGUGUAAUAAUAGUAUGUAUUAUAACCUAUAGUUGUGAGUAUUGAAUCAAAUAGUACAUGUGCAGUAGGUUAGUUCCUGCAGCACAUUUUUUACUUUACUUGCAAGUUGUACAAAUUAAUAAUAGCAAUGUUUUUCUCAA